CGGGAGGGGGCGUGUCCUGCGCCAUCUUGCCUUCUAGGCUGUGUCAGGGACAUUGAGGGCACAGAAUUACCGGCGGAGGCAGCUUCACUUCCCGACACCAGCACCGUAACCCCUGCCGCACCAUGCUGUCCAGAGUGGCCCUGGCCUCGGCCUCUGCCCUGAGGAACUCUGCUCCUCUCAGUAUGGGCCUUGUGCAUGCGAGUAGGUCUUUUCACACUGGGAAGGUUUCCUUGGCUCCUGUACCGCCUCUCCCAGAGAAAGGAGGGAAGGUUCGUUAUGGGUUAAUCCCUGAAGAGUUCUUCCAGUUCCUCUAUCCCAAGACUGGAGUCACAGGUCCUUACAUGUUGGGUACUGGUCUCCUUGUCUACCUCCUGUCCAAGGAAGUCUACGUUCUAAAUCAUGAGACUUUUGCUGCUGCUUGUAUUGGCGUGGUAAUUGUGUACAGCAUCAAGAAAUUUGGUCCAGAAGUGGCAGCCUUUGCAGACAAACUCAAUGAAGAAAAAGUUGCAAGUGCUCAGGCAGUGAAAGAUGCCUCAGUUAAGAAUUUUGAGCAAGCAAUAGAAGAAGAGAAGAAGGAGCAAUGGAGGGUUGAGGGACGACACUACCUCUUUGAUGCCAAAAGGAAUAAUGUGAAUAUGAUCCUAGAAGUCAAUUACAGGGAACGACUGUUGAACGUGUACAGUGAAGUAAAGAAGCGUCUGGACUAUCAGGUGGCUCUACAGCAUCUGCAGCGGCGCAAGGAACAGGAUCACAUGGUCAGCUGGAUCGAGAAGAAUGUCGUGCAGAGCAUUACUCCUCAGCAGCAAAAGGAGAGUAUCACAAAGUGUAUCUCUGACCUGAACGCUCUAUCCAAGACUGCCCAGGCUAAAGUCUGAAUGUAUUGAUGCACAAUCUACAUCUUUGGAGUCCAACUGUUAAAGAACUGUUCUGUGUAUAAAGCUUAAUUAAAUAUUUUUACGCCGA